AUGUUUUGUCUGUCAUUAAUAGUUUUGUUUUUUCACUUCUCUUUUUCUCCCUUUUCUUUUUCUCUUUCUCUUUUCUUUCACUUUUCCCUCUCUUAUUUUUCUUAUACUUUCUUCUCUUAUGUUCAUCUCUUUUUCCUUUUUUCUUCACUUACUUCUCACCUUUCUCCUCUCUUUUUCUUCCUAUGCUUAUUUAUUUCCUUUGUUUCCCUCUCUCUUUCAAUUAUUUUUAUCUUUCCUUUCUCCUCUUUUUUAUUUUCUUUCCUCUUUCAUUCCUUCUCUCUUGCUUUUUUCCUUCUUUUACUCUUUCUUUUCUUUCUCUUUUCAUCUUUCUUUCAUUUCCAGUAUCCAUUCAUUUUUUCUUUCAUUUUUCUUUUUCAUUCUUUAUAUUUCAUUGCUUUUUCAUUUUCUGUUUCUUUCAUUCUUUAUUUUGACUUUAAUUUUUUCUUUUAUUGUCUUUUCUUUCUUUCACUCCAUUUACAUCUCUACUACUUCUUGUCUCUCUCUUUCUCCAACCCAUCAUCCAUCAAAUUCUGCCCUUUUAUGUUCUUGCUUUCACUCUUAAAACUGAUAUUACAUAUCCAUUCGUUUGUAAAAGAAUUCAGAUUUAAUUUCUAA